AUGGCAGUUGGCUCCGCCGUGCCUCAUGUCCAACCAGGCGAACUUGCUCCUCAUGAGCCCGUUCCCCAAGUGAUGAAAGAUGCAUUCAAGUCAUGGAAGGGUAAAAAAGCAUCAUCCAGUCAACUUCGUGAUGGAGAUGUUAUUGAUUUAGCUGCUGUCGGAAUCAAGCGCAAUGACAUAUCAGUCGACACACUUUGGGCCGCCAGUCAAGCUUUUCAAGCAACUCCAAGACUCCACGAGGAACAGGUUAUAUCGCUCUCGAAAUUUGCGGAUUACCACACUGUUGACUCUUAUUCAGUGUCUAAUAUUCCAGGCUUGAUUGUCAUUCAGUCACUUCUUCCUCCAGAGGUUCAGCAAACAAUGCUUUCUAGGUUAUUCCAUCGAGACCUGUCAGAUCCAAUGCACAAAACAAACCUGCAUCUACAUUAUGACGUCAAUUAUCCUGGAUCUCAGCCUUCGGAGAAUGUCAACAGCACCUCUGAGCUUGAUGCCACAAGCACUGAACAAAGCUCAUUCUUUGGCGAUCCGCCAGAUCGUGUCGCAUUCGUACCAAAGGAUCCACAAGAACACAAGCCAAUCACCAUCAAAGCUGCGCUCAAAAAGAAACUGCGAUGGAUGACCUUAGGCGGGCAGUACGACUGGACCGCAAAAGCUUAUCCAACGGAAGCUCCACCUCCGUUUCCAUCAGACAUCGCUUCUUUCAUUCACAAGCUUUUUCCCACAAUGGAACCCCAGGCAGCAAUCAUCAACGUCUAUUCUCCAGGCGAUACUUUGAGUAUGCAUCGAGACGUGAGCGAGAAGGUCCACAAGGGACUCGUUAGUAUCAGCAUUGGCUGCGAUGCCAUCUUCAUCAUCGGACUUGCUGAUAAAGACCACCCGCCUGUCUGUGAGGUCUUGCGACUACGUUCUGGCGAUGCGGUGUAUAUGACUGGUCAGUCACGGCUAGCAUGGCAUGGCGUCGCAAGUAUUCUGCCCGAUACUUGCCCGGAGUAUUUGGAGGAAUGGCCUGGAGAAGCAUAUCCUGAGUGGAGAGGUUGGAUGAAGGACAAGAGGAUCAACCUCAAUAUUCGCCAGAUGUUUGAUGAUGAAAAAGGGAAUGGAACAUAA